CCCAAGGACUCUUCAAUUAGAAAGGUACAGGAAAGUAAUAAAACUGAUGCCUGCGAAUCUAUUCGACGCUUAUCUCAAAUAGACAGACCGUAGAAGAAAGAUUUCUCUCUGGGUUUUUCGUCCAGAAUUUCCAGACAACAGUCAUGUCGUUCAGAAUCAGAGGGCAAAAUGCUUCUUCUGGUAUGGGUGUUGCUGAUCACAGCAAACAUACAUUCUUGGAAUUGAAGAGGAAAAAGGUUUAUCGCUAUGUGAUCUUUAUGAUUGACGAAAAGAAAUCAGAGGUGGUUGUUGAGAAGACUGGUGGUCCUGCUGAAAGCUACAGUGAUUUUACCGCAUCCUUACCGGAGAAUGAUUGUCGAUACGCUGUCUAUGACUUUGAUUUUGUGACUUCUGAGAAUUGUCAAAAGAGCAAAAUAUUCUUCAUUUCUUGGUCUCCUGAAACCUCUCGGAUUCGUGCGAAGAUGCUAUAUUCUACAUCUAAAGAUAGGUUAAGACGAGAAUUAGACGGUGUUCAUUAUGAGAUUCAAGCAACCGACCCUACAGAAAUGGACCUUGAAGUGAUUAAAGACCGUGCCCACUGAGGUCUCGACAUUUAGAGGAUUCACCCUUCGAAGAAAAAGAACAAAAUGACCAGGUAUUGCCAACUUGUUGAUCUAUGCUUUUGGCUUCCUGAUAUGCAGUAUAUUUCUGGAGCAAGAAAGCUGCUACUAAAAUAACUUGCUCGUAAAGUUGAUGAUUCAAUGUUUUAUGGGCUAUUAGUUUCUGUUAAAGUUUGCCUUUUCUUGCUUCGAUGUUAUUUAAAAACUAUCGAAUGACAACUUAAUGACAUAUUUGGCUAUAUGAGCUUCUGUCUUUAGGGCUAUAAACAUUUUCCAUUUGGCA